CGUCGCACCUUUGCUUCCCCUCCACGAUCGUCCCUGACCAUCGCUAUUCCCACUCCCCACAGUCAUUCUACAACAAGGACCUCUACAACAAUCUCAUCACAUACAUCCUCAACAUUAUCCUCGCCCGGCUCCAGCAAUCCCACGUCUAUUCCUCCCCAUCCGUCCAUAUCUUUCUCCACUUCUACCUCAAGGAAUCCAGCAAUACCAACCACACACUCUGUUCACUUUCAUGAUUCAUACAUUUCAUCCUAUCUAACCAAUCGACAUGCCAAAGAGGCGAUGCUUAGUAAAGUUCAUCAUCGUAGCUUACCCAAGCAUCAGCAGCUACGCAUAGAACUACAAAAACGUCAUGAAGAAAGUCAACGGCAGCUAAACGAGCGUAGUCAACUCCAAAUUGCUUACCAGGAGUUCCAUCGUCAACGCGAGCAAUAUCAAAGGGAGCAACAGCAACAACAGCGGCAUCUACAGUUGCAACAACUACACCAACUUCAGCAACAACGACAGUUGCAGGCACGACCUCCCUCUUCAGCAGCAUCCACCAACAGUACCAUGACAGGAGCGUGGUCCUACACCUCCUCUUCUCCUCUCUCCUCCUCUUCCUCUUCUUCAUCGUCAUCAACGCUAUCACCAUCUGCCAAUCAUUCCCCUUUCCGUCAUAGUCAAUACUCUGACUGGUCUACGAUCCGAGAAAAGGAACGUGCACGAAUGUUAGCCAACAUUGCAUCUAUUCGAGACACACUCCCUUCAGUACCACCACCUCAAGUUGCCAAAGAAAACCUACGACGUCUCUCUGAACGACUGCAGCAUCGUCGGGCACGUACGCGCGAAACUAUUCUGUAUGAUAUUCAUCAGGGUGUCAAAAGUGUUGAGGCUGAGGUUCAUCGUCAGGUGGAACUCGUUCUCAGUCGACUCAAGGAAGCCCCUGGUUCCAGAUAUGCAUUUGCAUUGACCAAUAGUUUUUUGUCUCAAAUCCCAUCAUCACUAUCCAAUACACUUUUGCCCACAGCCAACAUCCUACCUACACCACCUCCAUCUUCAGAUUCUUCUUCAUCAUCCUCACCCCUCUCUCCCUCAGCUUAUACACCAGCAUUCUUGGAUGAUGAUAAAAAGCCACUUAAGCGCCGCUAUGAUCAAGAUGGUAACGAAGAUAUCUGGUCACGACAACAGCAAGAGCGAGAUAGGAUGGAGGCAGACUCUCUCUCAAACGAGUUUGAUUCAAUUGCACUAGCUGGAAGCGCCCACGCUACAGAUACAGAAAGUGAACAUCAUGCACAAGAGCCACGGCAGCAGCAGCUCUCCAUCUCAAGUUCAGGUGCCUCUGAGGUUCUCUCUGCAUCCAUGCAUACUAGUUACACCACUGCAUGCUCCCGAGUGUUGGACGCAGCCUUGCCUUCUUUCAUCCCUUCAAUGGUUGCUCCUCUUGUAUGCGUGUUUUCCUAUCCUGCUCCAUCUUCAUCAGCACAGGCGAACCAAGGCACGGCUGAACAACAGCAUCAACAACAGAAGGAGUUUGUUUUCCCAUGGGGUCUACCUGAUCAACCGAGGAAUUUUUCGCAACAUAGCAAGCAAGGAUCGGUACCCUCACGUGUUGCCACACCCGAUCCGGGAAUCAUAGUUGUGGAUUCCAAAUCAUGGACACAGGCAGAACGCGAGGCAUUGUACCUGGCUGCGACUCGUUUCCGUCUUUGUGGUCAAUGGUCCAAAAUUCGUGAGAUGAUGAAUCUCCAUAGGACUGAUCAAGAGAUUGAAACUGAAUACAUGAAGCUGUAUGGACAUCGAGAUGAUGAUAUCGAUGACGAUGACGAUGAUGAAGGAGAGGAGAAGAUCCAUAUUAUCCACGGCGGUAAUAGUGGACAAGACAGUGACCAUGAUGAACCUAUGCACAUGCAUGAGGAUGGCAAAGUCAAGAAAGAUGGUCGUAAUCAGAUGGAGAGCAUGGACGGAGAUGCAGACGCAGAUGAUGAAGGUGAAGGUGAGCGUGCUGUGUUUAUGAAGUUUGGAGGAUCGCGACGCCAUCAUCAAGGUCAAAAUCAAAGUCAAAGCCAGAGUCAAAGCCAGAAUCAAAGCCAAGGUCCAGAUGAGGAACAAAGCCAAAUGGAAUUGCAUCGCUUAUCAGUGCAACCACCUCGUAUAGUCAGGGUUGGUGGCGAGAUUGUCCCGUCUGGUUACGAGCAACAGCCGAUUGUUGAUCCUCGACAACGUGAGCCCAUCCGCCUGCAUAAAAAGGAGUUGUUGAUUGAUAAGCGCUUCACGUUGGAGGAGAUCCCUAUGAGAAUCUAAUGGAUAAUACUAUAGGCAUAGCAUAGCAUAUAUAACAUAGAAUAGAAAUAAUACUUCAUUAUCUGCCUCUAUUGUUUUUCUUUCC